AUGGAUGAAUUUAACAGGAAUUUCGGGAAGUUCGUUGAUCGAUGCGUGGAAGGAGACAAAUUUGUCGCAGCGUCCAGCAAAAUCAGCGCGAGAGCGGAUGUCGAGAGCACCGAUUUUAGCGGCAAGCCUCAGCAGAGGCAAAUCAAUUAUUACAGGUCGAGACCGCAAAGUUGCCGCGAAAAAUACGAAAGUGGGGAGGCGGAGGUCUGUGGCGUGAAGGAGAAAUUACAGUGGAGAGGCUUGUUCGUGCUGGACAACGCGCGGGAGGAUGACGAUGAGAUCAAUCUCCGUGAACGUCUGCGGGAUAUACACUUAAGUGACGAUGCGUGCACGAAGGAACCGGACAGCCAGAAUCUGAGCGAGACGAUUCGCGCGAACAUGAAUGAAUUGACGUCGCAGAGGAACUCAUUGAUGGAAGAGCUGGUGCAGCUGAGGAGGCACGCCGACGACAACGGCAGGAAGCUUGCGCACGUAAAUGCAGUGAUCACAGAGCAAGAGGAAAAGAACGUGACGCUGUUGUGAGUCGCCAUCUCGCAAGAUGUAGAGGAACGGGUAAAAGCCGCUUUCGAGGAAGAACGUUUGGGGAUAAAUAAAAACGGUGUGUCAUUGGCGGUGCGAUAAUAAAUUUGUAAUUUUUUGUAAAUAAAAAUAUGUAGAA